GUUAGAACCGCUUAUCCAUAGGAGUAGCAGUGUGUGGCUUUGGGAGUUCACCUUCGAACUAUAAAGGUAAGAGAAGCUAAACUUGUGUUCAGAAAACAGAGCAUUUGUAGGCUCACAAAGUCAACUAAACAAGUUUCGAGUCAUUCAUGGCAUCUUCAUUCUCAACUCAAUUGCUGCAAAGUCAAAUUCUACUUCCUCGGUUUCAUCAUCUCCAGGGGAAACUUAGCCAAGAUGUGUCGAUGGUUCGGAAGCCGCAGGUUGUCUGUAGCAGUAUCGGAUCACGGAUUGGUUACAACCAAACACUGGCUUCAAGAUCACACUAUGCUGUGAGGCUUUCUGUCACACAACAAUCUGAAGCAAAAUCAAUGAGAUAUAGGAGAAUGACAUGCAUGAAUGCCACUGAAAGUGAGCUGCUAGCCAAAGUGACAACUAAGUGCUUCUUUGAUGUACAAGUUGCGGGUGAACCUGCUGGCAGGAUUGUUUUUGGUUUAUUUGGGGACGUCGUUCCUAAAACAGCCGAGAAUUUUCGAGCUUUGUGCACAGGAGAGAAAGGAUAUGGCUAUAAAGGAUGCUACUUCCAUCGUAUAAUCAAAGACUUCAUGAUUCAAGGCGGGGACUUCACCGAGGGAAAUGGAACCGGUGGAGUUAGUAUCUAUGGUUCUCGGUUUGAAGAUGAGAAUUUUAACUUGAAGCAUGCUGGUCCUGGAAUUUUGAGUAUGGCAAAUGCUGGUCCUGAUACCAAUGGCAGUCAGUUUUUUAUUUGCACCGUACCGACGCCAUGGCUAGACAAUCGCCAUGUCGUGUUCGGACAAGUCAUUGAUGGAAUGGAUGUUGUGAAGACUCUCGAGUCACUAGAGACGAGCCCGCGUGAUAACAGCCCCAAGAAAGCAUGCAAAAUCGCUAAUUGCGGUGAACUGCCUCUUGAUGGUUGAUCUUUGCACUUAAGUGCAUGACAUUUCCCUGAUUGUCAGUUACAAUUUUUCAAUUGAGGAUAGUGUUAGUGCAUUUAAAUCAUCAUUUUACUAUGAUGAGAAAAAAAACAUGUAACUGAGGGACCAGGCACUGCAAUUUCAUUUAGAAGAGAAUACAUACAUACAUGCAUAUUUUGUAUAACUAAGCUUGUACCAAACCUUUAUAGUAAUUACCUAUCUUUUGCUUA